UUAAGUGGCUACAAAGGAAGCGUGAAAUGGGUGCAAUUGAAACUGAGCAGCUGCUCCUCCCCCAAGACACAUCCCUUUGAUUCUGCAAUGUUACCACAUGUCAUUGCGUCCCAUUGCACACGUGUUGGUCAGGUGGGCUUUCUACCUUUGAAGAGCCUCGGAAAUAAUCUGUUUUAUGGAUUUCUUGAGGCCGCCAGCAUUUGCGGAUGGCUCCAUGACGAUGUUGUGGUCACUGGUGGAUUGCUGCUGAGCAGAAGUCCGCCCAAGCGUGACGAGGAUGACAAAUAUUGGCCCAUAGACACUGGCUUUGAUUGA